AUGUCCGACUCCAAGCUUCUCGAGCUCAUUGAACACGCCUCCCGCGAGUCCGAGCGCGGCGGCUACCAGCGCGCCGCCGAGCUGCUGAAAGAGGCCUCUUCUAUUGACGCUGAAAGCCCGCUGCUCAAGGACGAGUGGCAACGCCUGCAGCGCGAGGAAAGCCGCGGCCCCUGCGUGCGCCUGGUCAAGAGCUAUGUCAACGCCAAGGACGAGACUGACGGCUCCGAGGCUGCUCGCCUGGUCGAAAACACCCAGCUCGCCCGCGACGUGGCCGAGGAGGUCAUGACCGUCCUGAUGGACCUCAGCGGAGAGGACCACCUUGCCGACCGCAUCACCGGAGCUCUGCUGAAAACCCAGCUGCACGCCCGCCAGUACCUUGCCACCCAGCUCAAGGAGCAUCCGCACGUCACCUUCGAGCGCCUGUUCGACCGGGGUGACCAGAGCAUGGAAGGCCUCUUUGCUGUCCUCCUGGACACCGCCUCCUGGACCUUCAAGGAAAAGCGUAUCCAAGCCCUGAGGGACAUCUUCAUGCUGUCCCUUGCCCAGAUGAUGGAGGCCGGAUUGGCCCAUCCCGAGCGUGCAAUGAAGGCCAUCGCCCGCGCCCUGGCCGCCGAAGCAAACCACCUCAACGGCAUCAUCGAUGCCGACGGCUUCGAUGUCAUCCUCUCCUCGCUGGACAUCCGCCAACCCGUGUCCCUCCGCAGCCAGGCCACCCUUGCAACCGCCAAGCUGCUCGAGCUCUCGCCUGACAACUCGCAGAAGCUGAUCACGCGUUAUGUCACCCAUAAGGUCGCCGCACCAACGACCGAUUGCCUAAUCCAAGCUUAUUCUGCAGCUGCUGCCAUUUUCCCGAUUGCUCCCGCCCAGGCUUCCGCUCUGUUCUUGACCCAGGGCUUCCUGGAGACGUACGUGGACACCAUCACUACCCGUGGAAGCCAACGGCUGGAGCAGGCCGCGUUGGAGCUGCUGAGCGCAGCUUGCAUCGAGAAGCACUGUCGCGAAGCAAUCAAUAAGAACUGUAAAGAGUGGCUGGAGGACCUCUCAAGAUCCAGCAGCGACAGGAACAGAUCAAACAAGGCUGCACUCAUCCUUGUCAAGAUCCACGAUACACCAGUCGGUGACGACAGUGCCAUGACUUCAGCGUCUGAGGAUGAGCAUCAAGAUGAACUGGUUACGAAGUUCAAGAAAGUGGUGCUUGACUCCGACAACACGGUGAAGCAAGAAUCGGUUGAAGGACUUGCUUACUCGUCGCUAAAGUCGAGAGUCAAGGAAGAGUUGGCACGGGAUAAGACCUUCUUGAGGGAACUGGUCAAGGUGAUGAGCGGCAACGGAGUCCCCAAACCGCUAAUAUUUGGCGGCAUAACCAUCUUCAGCAACCUCACAACCUACCGUCCUGUUCGGACGGAUGAGCAGAAAAGAAUCGCUCAACUCAAAGCCUAUGCAAACACCAAGAAACCAGCCCCAGAGGAUCCAUUGGAAAAUGAUGCAGUCGUCACAAUCCGCUGCGCAAAGGUAUUGCAAGCUGGCGUAGUGCCCCUGCUGGUAAUGGAGUGCAGGAGAGCUUCCCCAAGUGUCUUGUCGCAAGUCCUUCAAAUUUUCCUCAAUCUGUCCAAGGAGCAGAAGCAUCGUGGUACCAUGGCACAGCAAGGUGCCGUCAAGGCGCUGAUCCAAGUCGCCGAAAACGUCAACAAGGCCGCUGUCCACACACAAUCCUCUUACUGCCAGGCGAAUCUCCGCACCGCCGCCCACGCCCUCGCCCGCAUCCUCAUCUCCGUCAACCCCCACCACAUCUUUGGGGCUUCCAGCGCCCUGCCCAUCACCUCCGCCGUCCGGCCCCUCGUCCAGCUCCUUGAAGUCGAUCUCACGGCCGACCAGCGCGACCUGCUCCCGGUGUUUGAGUCGCUCCUUGCAUUGACUAACCUGGCGUCCAUGGACGACGACGCACGCGAUGGCAUCAUCAAACUAGCUUGGACACGAAUCGAGGACUUGAUGCUUGCCAACAACCCGCUCGUACAGCGUGCGUCCGUCGAGCUGGUUUGCAACCUCAUGGCCAGCCCGCAGGGCGUCAUGCUCUUCGCGGACGGCAGUCCACAGGCGAGCCAACGCCUGCACGUUCUACUCGCGCUUUCCGACGUCGAAGAUCUUGCUACGCGGCGCGCGGCGGGCGGUGGCCUGGCGAUGCUGACCGAGUGCGCCGACGCCGCCGUCGAUGCCUUGGUCAAGCGCGACCGCGGAGUUGAGAUCUUGCUCGGGCUCGCGGCAGACGAGGAGAGCGACGAGCUAAGGCACAGGGGCGUUGUAUGCAUCAAGAACUUGGUGGUGGCCGAGGGGGACGUCGGGGAGAGGGCGAGACAGAAGGUCAAGGAGGAAGGGGGCGAGGAGGUGCUCAAGCAGAUGCUGCUCAAGGAGAACAGCCCGCAGGUCUUGCAGGAGGGGAUAGAAGCCUUGAAGGCACUUCAGUAG